CGUGGCCUCGCAGUCUCCUUUGGUUCGCGCCGCGCAUGAAAACGCAUCACUGCGCUUCCUUUUGCAUUUCUACGAGUGAGUCACAGCGUAGCGUCCGGCUCUCGCUCAUCGUGUACACAUAUCCAAGUGCUGUACACUUGGUGCAACGUUUCCGUCAGUUUCCGUCACGGCGGAUGCGAGACUCCUGAGGCAGCGCGUCAAAGACGUCGAAGGGGAGCGAGGAGAGCCUCUUGCGUCCUGUCGAUUUGAAAGCACGACGAAUCGAUAUGCGGCUCAGGGAAUCCGUCUCGAUCUCGGUGCCGUUGCAUCCCGGAGGAUUGAACAACAACCAGCUCCGUAGGCCCGAGCCGAUCGGCGCCGGCGAGAUCGCCGGCGAUCGCAACGAGAACGCGACCCGGGAGCCGGUCGACGAGUCGGCGGACUUCCGGCUGGCCGAGGACACCACCACGUGGUCCUCCCUGGCGAUCGCGCGCGACAACGUCCAGCAAAGCAAUCCGCAGUCCACCAACGUCAACAAUAAUCUCACCGAGCCGAAAAUACAGAGGAACAGCUCCGUCGAGAGCCUCGCCGAUUACGAGGGCACAAUCGAAGAGCAAUCCGCCAAUGUAAACAACAAUCCGAUCGAGUCGAGGAUACGAAGGAACAGCUCCGUCGAGAGCCUCACCGAUUGCGAAGGACGUAAUUCACCGCACGAGAACUCGUCGCGCGAGCUGACGCCGUCCGAGUGGUCCGACUGGUCCGAGGAAGGGAAUCUACCUGCGGGCUGCCGCGGCAUCGUCAACCCCAACUAUCCCGGCUUCCAGCAUCUGGCGCCUUCCCUGCUGUCGGAUACCGAUCUGACCGAGGACGAGCACGACAGCUGCUCCGACUAUCCGCCCCUCUACGGUGUCCAUCCCGAGAUAGUCCCGGAGAACGGCAACGAGUACAACAACAACGUCGACGACAGCAUCAAUCAUCUCUGCGGUCAGCGCAACGACCGCAAGAUCUUUUACGAGAAACCCAAGUUUAAUAUACAGACUGUGACCUCUCUGUAUGAGUCGGUGGUGCCGCCUUCGGAAAAGUGCAUUAACUACGUGAAGAGCGUGGAAGUCUCUAGGUCCGAGAAGAAGGCACAGUCGCCCGAGCCGGAGGAGGUCGUCGUCAACGGCGUCGUCGAGGCGGAGACCCACCUGACGCUCCUGGACGAACGGGAGGAAGGUCUGGCCGACCAGGUAAGCGAGCAGACGCCCGAACUGUCCCGAGCGGUCCUCGAGAACAAGCGUGAGCGGGAGGUACCCGUCGAGGUCGAGCUGGUGGAGCUGACCACCAGUGUGAAUGAGAGUCUGCAGUUUCCCGAGAUCGAGGAAAUCCUGGAUUCCGGGAAGACCAGCGAGAUCAGCGAGACAGAGGACGUCGCGGUGGAGCACAUCGACCUGAUACGCGAGGCAAAGGAGUUGCCUCACUUAGACCGGUCCAAAAUAGGCAAUCGCCAGCCGGUGACGACGUCGGCGGGCGGCUCGGCCGACGACGACGAGUCGGAGAGCAACAGCGACUACUCCGAGGGCUUCGCCGAGGAACGACCGACCUACACGAAGCUGGAGGAGAUCGAUCUGCUGUCGAGCAUCGGCCGCGACAUCGGCGUCGACUUCGAGAAGUACGCCCCGGUGCCGGACGUGGUCGCGAUGGAGUCGAUCGAGAGCAUACGCGGCGGUCAAUCGCGAGCCACCUCGGUCAUCAAGGAUCGCAUUGAGGAUACCAACAAGCUGCUGGACCGCGAGCUCCCGGAGGCGUCCAGCGCGGACGUCCGGAAGAAGGAGAAGAUGGUCAAGAAUCAGGCCAAGCGCCGUCAGCAGCAGCAACAGCAACAACAGUCGCGAAAUUCGAAUUCUCAGAGGCGCCCUGAUAAACGUAGGGCCGAUAUUGACGGAUCAGGCGGCUUUGACGUUUACAACAUCGAGACAGCAAUGCCAAAGAUCGAUCUAGACGCGAUCGAGUCGCAUCUCCGAGCUGCUCGCGAGGAGGAACGUCGGGAUAAUGAUAAAGGAACUGAGCCGAAUAAACCUCCGGAACCGAGUAUAUCAGUCGAGCAAGAAACGAAGGAGAGCGAAAGAGAAGAUCUGAUUACACGAUUCGACAGGGUCAUACGUGGUGAAUCUGAUUGCAAUCUGCAGCGACGGAACGAUCGCGAGGAAAUCAGAAGGAGACUCGCAAUGGGGCCUGAUGCUGAGGAUUUACGCGCCGAACGUGGACGAAAGCCAAGUCUCCAAUCGCGUCUUCAAAGUGGAAUGAAUCUCCAGAUCUGCUUCAUGAACGAGACCUCGUCGGACACAGAGUCCCCGGGGUCAGAAAACGACACAUCUCCCGGAUCUACACCCACGUCUCUCGGUUCGAAGCAACUCGGCGGGAAGCAACACGCGCCGAUGAGGCCACAGGUGUUGAGUCUUCCGUCUCUGAGACUCGAGAGCGCCAACUCCACACCGCCAGUUGACGAGGCGGACUUUUUCGCACGUCAAGCUAGACUGCAGACUGAAGCACGAAUGGCCCUGGCACAAGCCAAGGAGAUGGCACACAUGCAAAUGGAAGUGGAGAGGCAGAGGCUGAAGCAGAGUCCCAUCACCGAGAUGGUGCGAUGCAGUUUGGAAAAAGUCGGUGUUCAACUGGGAGAAGAUAGACGUAGAUUGUCCCGAGUUCUUCUCACGGAAUUAAAUGUCGCACAAUUGCAAGUAGUGGCGAACGAUUUACACGCGAGGAUUGCCGCUUUGAAUGAAGCGCUCGUUGAAGGACUUUUGAGGAGAGAUGAUUUGCACAUGGAACAAGAUUCGAUGCUCGUUGACGUGGAAGAUCUCACUCGAUAUUUAGGUGCCAAGCAAGAAUCAUUGAAGAAGAAGCAGCAAAGCAUGCAGCAGACGGCAAAUCGAAAUCAUCAGCAGUCCUCUCCAACUCCAACGAAAUUGUCUAUGAAACCGAAAUUGACGCACUUGAAUCGCGGUCUGGUUGCCCUUGUAAGAAAAUAAUCUUUCGCUACGAGACUACGAAGUCUCGUCGGAAAUUAAACUCCGAACGGAGCGAAACACCACGAACAACUUUAGAAAAAAAGAAAAGCGAAGAAAAGAGAGAAAAGAAGAAAAAUCUUCCUUGAAAAAGUAGGCAAGAGAACCUUUUUCAGAAGAGAAGAUGAAAGAAAGAAUAAGAACUGAAACUUUCUUCGCGACAGAGAACGAAAUGAUCUCCAUUGAAAGAGCAAACGGAAACUGCUUCGAGAAAAAAAAAUAGAAAAGAUUUUUUUCCAAGAGAUGGAUAAUAAAAGAAAACUCUUCUUUGAAGAAAAGCUUCUCAACACUAGAAGAAUCAUUGCGUUAGAGAUCGUGGUGUAUAAUUGCUCGAGAACUCUAAAAGACAUUGUAACGAUCAACUUUAAUAACAGUGGAAUCGUUCUCAUAAAAGGAAAGCAGCACAUAUCUCUUUCCUCUGAAUUACCAAGAAUUUUUACAGCUUCGUCAUUAAUUACGUGGAAGUAGAGAUUUACAUAUGUGCGUAUAAGCGAACAGAGCAACGAUCCUUCGUUUGUAUCCAAGAGAUUCUCCAUCUCUAUCUCCUGCUCUGUAUUCGCUCGGCCCCUAAGCUCACAUUAUGUCCCGCGACAUGCAUGUAUCUACGAAUGUAUCGAUUAUUCGCCUUUAUGAAUAAUAGCGUAUCAUUAGCGAAAGCGGAUCCCUUCUCUCUGUUGUACAUAUAACGGAAAUUUAUAUUAUUGCAGUAUCGAGAUUCCAUAUAGUGUUUAAAGAACGCUUCGUUCCGGUCGUCCAUUAUAAGUCGUUCACGCGUGCGUUGAUGUGAUGUUAAUAUUUUGUAAAAUCGUAUCAAUUUAAUAUUGCAUAUGGAAAUAACAAUUUUGAAUCCAUUCCUAGAUUCCGAUAAUUCCACAAUUAUUCGGAUGUGUAUAUUCUCUGCUUCAGUAGAUCUCUAGAUCCGCCAAUAGAAACCGUCACAGGUAUUGAUUUUAUAAAUUCUUCGCGUAUAAAUUCGUCGUUCUCCACCUGAAUCGGAUAAACGAUAUACUGGGGAGACGAUAAACUAGUUUUUAUCUAUCGCGAGCGACGAAGAAAGUCGACGUACUUUCUUGAAUAAUGCAAUGCUUGUAAAGAAAGGUGGAAAGUAGAUAAAAGUAGGUAAAAGUCCGUCUCCGGUGGAGACGACAAAGUGCAAUGACCGUGAAGAAUGAAAAACGCGUUACAUAUCCAAAUAAAUGAUCUAGCAAAAAAAAAAGAUUAGUUAAUAUCUAGAGCAAUUAUGAAAAUGUAAUCGAACAUAGAAAUAUUUGAUCGAACGGAGAGUUUACGCUAUUAUACGAAGACGGAGCUUUUUCGAAUUCGCUAUCAAAAUUAUUCAUUCUCAUGUAAAUUAUUCGGUUCUUGUAUCAUGUAUUAUGUUUGCAUGUCGGUCUCAGACGAUCUCAUUUACAUACGCAGGAUUUUUCAAAUGAAUGUAGUCGAAAUAAAUUUCAACGAAUCUAAAAACUACAAUUAACUUCGUUUCUUAAAUCCCCGGUUCUCAUCCUUUUGAUACGUCGCGAUUUAUUUAUAAUACAAAUUAGGUAUAUUUUAAGUAAAAACAAAUGCUCAUGUAAGUAAAAAUUGCAGUACUUGAUAUAAUUUCAAUUUUUUAAUCUCUAGCUCCCUUCUUGAUUUUUAAGUGAAAGUGGAAAAAAAAUUAUUAAGAAAAUUAUUUCGUACGUUUUAAUGUAUAUCAUUUAUCAUAAAUCCCAAAUAAAUCUCUAAUCCUUGCGUGUUAUGAGAAAAACGAAUUCUUUUUGGCACAUUGCUUUUUUGCAAAUGGAUAAAUCGAGAAUAUAUCCAUUUCUCGCAAUACUGUUUUUCUAAGAAUAUUUAGAUUAAAGUGGGACAGUUUCAUCAAAGGGGAAGACGACAUAACGAGUUUACUGUAUUUUAAUUAACGUAUUUAAGGCAAUUCAGAUCUACUCUCAAAUAACGUUUGCAUCAUAAAUUUGUCAUGCAAUCAUAUAGGGGAUCUCUGAGACGUGCUCCACUUUGCCCAUAGUUAAUCGAGAACGAGGGCAGCUUUUUAGCCAUCGAUUGUGUAGUAAUAUAAAAAAAAAAAAAGAAAAACAAACGUCACGAAAAAAGAUCGCUCAUAUACACGAUUAUCGCGAAUAUUCGAAAUCGCGCAAUCGGUGGUCAUA